CGUAACUUUUGAAAAAAGAGAAAUACAAAAUUAUAAUUGUUCGAUCGGAAACUGUACAUCAAUUUUACUCCACAGUAGCAUAUAGAAAAGAAAACGCUGAAGCAAUUGCUUGUAUCUGAAAUAAGGAUAUGGAAUUGUGAUAUUUUACAUUAAGCAAGGAUUGCGUGUGAUAUUUACUUAUUAAAAUGGAAAAAAUACAUCAAAGUGUUUUAAAGAAAAUGGAACGCAGUAUUGUCGAUGAUGUGGAUGUUUAUAACGGAAUAAUAUCUCCACUUACGACAGAAUACAUCAUAAAAGAAGAAGAUUUGCGUUUUAUCAAAAAAGGAAAAACGAAACAAGAAAGAGCCCAAAUUUUAUUGGACAUACUGCCACAACGUGGGCCUCUUGCUUUUGAAAUUUUUCAUCAAUCAUUGAGACAUCAGUAUUCGUGGUUGAGCGAAAAAAUCGAUGUAUUAUUAAAUUCAGCAAUAACUGGUGCUGUGCACAAUGAUGUGCAUAACCUACAACCAGUUUCUCCAUUAACGGUGACAAGAGAGAAUAUGAUCGAACAGUUGAAAAAUGCGUUGUACAUAUUAAAACCAAACGGCUACGUUGUUCUUCACGGUAUGAAAGGUUUUGGAAAAUCAUGCCUAACAGCUAGUACACUCAAAGAUAAAGAUCUCAUAAGCAAACAAUUCAAUAAUGAGGUUUAUUGGAUAAAAUUCGGAUACAAGCGCAAUGUUAAUGAAGAAAUAGUUAUUCAGUUGAAUAAUCUGUAUCACCAGAUAAAGCAUUCGAAUUCGUCGCUGAAAAACGUAAAUUCAGAACCGUUAGAAAAAACACUGCGCGAAACAAUAAGAAAUCAUUUUAGAGAGUCAACUCACAGGAACGCUUUAUUAAUAUUGGAUGACGUUGAUGACAAACAAGUGGUCGACAAAUUUAAUUUUGAUUGCAAGACCUUGGUCAUAACUUCCGAUAUUUGCGUAUUAAAUAAAAGAAGCUGUACUGUAGUGAAGAUGGACCACGGUUUUACAGAAAACGAGACAUUAGGUUUAUUUGCAAAAGUUCUCGAUAUUGACAUUAAAGAAUUACCCAUGGAAGCCAAACUCAUUCAUGAUGAAUGCAAAGGAAUGCCUUUGCUCAUUGCUAUGUUUGCUGCUCAGUUCGAAAAUUUCAAACAUGACAUGAAACAUCACAAGGGUAGAUGGGAGUACUAUUUGAAUUGCCUUAAAACUAAGAACGCCAAAAAUAAAGUUAUCGAAGAAUUCAUGAAAAUUCAGGAAGCAGCAUUUGAUAUGUGCAUCAACCAACUGGACAACGCAUUGAAAGAGCGAUAUGAAAAUCUCGCUAUUUUUAGCGAAGACGUUAACAUCAUGCCCAAGACUUUAGAAAUUUUGUGGGACGAAGAACAAUAUUGCGUCGACGAUCAAAUGUUGGAUUUUUGCCAUAAAUCGCUAGCCGCGAAAAAGUGGAACGACGAUUUAAGGAGUUACAUUUACGGAGUUCAUGAUCUUUUGUUGUGCCAUCUUAGAAAAAAAUUGACGCCAAGGCAGUUGCGCGACAAGCACAGGCUGUUCAUUGAAAAGUGCCGAAAUCGUUGCAACGGGGAUUUGGCGAAGCUUCCCAACGACAAUUACAUUUUUUCUUACAUCGGCCAUCAUCUCGAGCAAGCGGAAAUGUUUGAAGAGUUCAACAAAUUGUACAUGAAUUUUGAUUUUUUGCAAACAAAAAUCAAUUACACCGGUUUGAGCGAUUUGUUCAUUGAUUUAAAAAAAUAUCGCAAAUACAUAACGAAAAAUGGAGACAAAGAAAUAGAAUCGAACCUCUCCGAUCUCGAAAAUUUUUUGGAAACCCGCGCAAAUACGUUGGCGAAACAUAGGCUGAUGAAAUGCCUGGAUCUCGUGCAAAUAGCUUUGGACUAUUCGGGCGAAGGUUUCGUCAUGAAUACAGUGAAAAAAUUAGCUCUAUCCAAUUCGUACUCUUUGUAUUUGUUUCAUCAACGGAACACCAUUACGAAUCCCUAUUCAAAUUUUUGCGAAGAAGUAACUACAGAUGCUAGUUCAGUAGCAUUUACAAAUACACCGAGUCACUUGUUAGUUGGAGGCCACGAUGGCACGAUACUUUUGUGGGACUGUGAAAAUCGCCAGGGCAAAGUUUUUUCUGGACACGAAAAAUGUGCCAUCAAAAAAAUCAUCGUCUCUUGGUCUGGUAAUUAUUUCUUGGCCUUGAGUGACAGUGGCGUCUUGAAAUUGUUCGCUCUGUCCGACGCCGAUUGUGAAAGCGAUAGAUUUAGCAUACCUGCCCAAAGUCCGCGUUAUAAGCAAACUUAUUGGACAAAUAUGUUUGAAUACAAGCACGACAACAGCCUAAAAACAUUCUUCGUCGAAGGUGAAUUUAUCACGGACAUGAAAUUCACCCAGAAAAGUGACGAAAUUGUAGCCUGUACAAACGCCGGUACUGUGCAGAUCUUUGUUAACCCGGGAAACUUUGCUAUUUUUACUAUCACGCUGUUGCCAUUGUCCAUUCACAAAUCUAAUGAAAGAAAUAUAGUGACAUUGUCCAUUUACAAUAAAUGCUGUCAUUAUUUUGGGGGCGUGUGUAUUACUUCAGGUGAUAAUUUAAUACACGUAAUGGACGAGACUAUUUCUGUGAUUAGGAUAUAUAAAAAAAAUUCGGACCACAAUUACGUGUACGUUUCUCAAUACAAUUUGCAACUGCAUCAUCCAAAAGUUGUGUAUUUUUCGAAACAUCCAGUCGAGGAUAAUUGCUUGAUAAUCGUCACGGAUAGGGUAGCUCUGUACUUCAAAUGGUUUUAUAAUAACAACGAUGAGCACAUUCACAGUUACGAAAAAUACACGAAAACUGAAGAAAAGGACAAAAACACGAGUUACGUUGCUGCAACUUUAACGUACGACGCGAGAUAUCUAAUUAUCGGUAACUCCAACGGGAUAAUAAGUGUGAUGAAAGCAUUUAAUCCAGACAAUCUCAUAACUUAUUUCAAAGGCAAUGUCACUUCGCUGGAUUCAUACUGGAUGAAUUACGAAAACUUUCACUUGAUCUGCGGUAGCGAGAAAAGAUGGAUUCACAGAUGGAAGGUUCGAGCUGACGAGCAGCCAAAAUCGGUGAAAAAAAUUCUGUUUGACGCUAAAAUGGGAGCUUCGGACGAAAAGGAUGUCAUUGUACUGAAAACUGCCCAAAAUGUGAUAACACUGUUCAACGAGAAAAAGACGUCCAAAAUUGAAUCGCACCAUGGCAAAAUUGUUAGCAUUAAACUUGACGAUGAGGCUGAAAAAUUAAUUUACUCUACGGAAUCUGGUUCUGUGAUUUUGUAUGAUAUAAAAAAUGAAGAAUCGACUCUUCUAUCCAAGCUCAUGUCAGUUGAUGGUUUUAUUGACGUGCUGAAAAUAAGUGAUCAUUUUCUAGUAUUAUCAAACGGGGAAAAUAAUCAUUUAACCGUAUCGAGAAACGUCAAAAUAUCAAACUCGAUCGAAGGUGCGGAUCAUGUGAUUUGCUUUUACAAAUUAAAUGAUAAUAAUAUUUUAACGGUAUCCAAAAACGGAACGAUCAAAUAUUGGCUGAUCGAAGACUUUGAGUGGCAGGAAAUUUGUGAAUUUAGAAAUCAUAAUUGUGCAAUAAUUCAUGGUUGUUUGAGUAAUUACAAGUAUUACUUGGCUCUGCUAACGGAGGACCAGAAUGUGAUGGUUUACAAAUUAUCGGACGCCGACGAAGCCUACGAAUUUAAGAUAGAAAGUUAUUUGAAAUAUUGUUACAAGCAACAAUUGCGUAUCUGUGAUUUUUCCAAGGACGAGAAGUACUUGGCUGUCGCGCUCGACGACGGGAUAGUAUCCGUGAUCGAACUCGAUACGUCCUCGGAGCUGGGUAAGUUGUCCCUGCACUGUAGUGGCGUUUGCCAGCUGUUCUGGUCGCCCGUGUCGAUCAGCGCGCCGAUUCUUUUGUCCGUGAGUAGCGACGAGUUGGCUUGGUGGAACGUGGCUUACCUCAAGAGUCCCGUGGAUGAAAGCAAAAAUCGGCGCAGCCGCAUGGGAAUGAAUUUCAGUAGGAGCGCGAGUAGCCUGGCCGUGGGUGCCGCGAGUCCCAGGUCGAGCUGCAGGAUACCGAGCAGUCGGAGCGCGGAAAUGACGUCACUUGGACUGACUUUGGCUUCGGCUCCCGACUCGGACGAUUACUGGAGCCGGAAACUGCCCAAGAGGUGCGGUGCACCGAGACCAGCGUUCCUUGGCUGCGUGCAAUUGCCUUCGAGCUGCACCGGUAAAGUCACCAUGUGCGUGUCGUCGAAUUUUUCCCGGUUUCUCGUUGUCGACAUUCACGGCGUUUUUCACGAACUUUUUACCGAUUCAUUGAUCUAUACUUAAGUUUUUUUGUCCUUCUUCCCACAUGUGUUCUUUCAAUCGCAAAGGCAAGCAUUUAUCUGUUUUUUUAUUUUUUUUUAUUUUCGGGCUUACAAAUAAGCGCGAACGCGUUGAGGACUUUUUUUUUAGGUAAUAAUAAGAUAGCGUUUAAAUAUUCAUCCUUUUUUACGAUGAAGGAUUUCAAUCAAAAUUUAUGAAAAAAGCUAUGUACUGCUUACAUAUUUUGAGAACCUUUUGCGGUGACUUUUGCCAUGUAUACACUGUUUUUAUACUUCUUUUUUUUUACAAACGUAGGAAUCAAUUUCAAAUCGCGUUUUAUGAAAAACAUAAUACGUGUUAGUAAUUCGACGUUACAAAUUUUCUACUGUUUUAAAAUUUACUUUAAUUACAUGCAUUUAUAUUUAUAAGCUUGUUGAAAACGUAUUCGUGAUUGAUAAUACUUUUUUGCAAGAACAAAGUGCCUUACAAAAGGAUAUUAUUUAAGAAGAGUUUUGACAAUUUCGACAAUCUUGUUAUAAAAUGUAUUCUUCGUGGAUACAAGAUGAUGUGAUGCUCUGAAAUCCAACAUUUUUUACGUGAUUAGCUGUAAAAAUCAAAUGGUUGUAAUAUUUGAUGUAUAGGCCAUGAAUUUCGUAUUUUAGAAUGUAACUUUUGUUACUACCGCAUUUAUACAAAAUAAAGACUGACAGCAUUUCAAGUGCAGUGAGUAUUGAGCGAGUAUAUGUACAAAAAAAAGAGAGAUUUAGCCAUACCAUUACUGUGAAAUAAAAUAAAUUAGUAACUGUGAAAAAUACAAGUGAAAUUAUUGU